AUGUCGCUCACCUCUUUGUUGCCUCCUGGACUAUCGCUCCUUCAGGGUAUAGAGCUCUUCAUUCAGCUAAUUGGGGACACGACUGUGGUGAAUAGGGCGGCAGCCGCAGCGUCCACGUGGCUGGCUUACGACAUAUGUCUCACCCUAGCCGAGGAGGUCGAACUUGUGUGGAAGGCACGAUGGUCACUUCCCAAAGUUCUAUACUUCCUUGUGAGGUACUACGCUCUCUCAACCUCUCUGUUAUACCUAUCGGUCAAUUCCAGCCCUGAUCCCCCAUUUGGACUCGCUUCUGCCCGCAGUAUCCGAAUGAUGCACUCCGAACUAAAGGGCUUGUCUGCAGAUGCCGCGGAUGGCCCUGGUUCGAGGCAUUCGCGGGCUCUCAUCGCAUUCUGCUACACUGCGGAAAUUGCCGCGGCGAUCCCCAUAAGCGUUGUGGAGGCUCGCCUAAUCACAAUACUGCCGCGCCCAGCGAACUUCCCCCUACCUGGAUGUUACACCCUCGCGAGUGUACCUCUCAGGAAAUCCCUUGCCUCAUGGGUUGUCAACUGUACGGUCGCAACGACGUUUUUCGCCUUGAUGCUAUACAAAUUCUUCACCGGCGACGCGUUUAAGCUUGAGCUGUCCGAAGCCAAGCGCAACCCGCUGGCCAAGUGGACAGAAGUGCGCCGUUUCAGUCCUUUGCUCUACCUGCUGCUCCGAGAUGGAACGGCAUACUUUGCAAUGAUAUUCCUCGUAAACGCCGUGAACAUGGCGCUUUCUAUUCGCGAGGAAGGCCGAGCUCUCGAAGGGAUGGGCGUCGCAUGGUUGGUUGCCGUCUCGUCCGUUGCUUCUUCGCGGCUGCUACUGAACCUGCGCGGAUUCAUCAGUGGGAGCGACAACAUGUCCGGGGGCAAGUCGCAGAGUACGACGAUGCGCUUCAAGGACAACACAGCAACAACGGAGAAUGCUGAGCAGGGUGUUACGGUUGCCGGAGAUGUAGAAGAGUGUCAGAGGCGCGACGUCGUUCCGGGACAUUAUGCUUGA